ACCCUGCCGGAGCCGCUGCCGCUAUGGAUGAUCGGGAGGAUCUGGUGUACCAGGCGAAGCUGGCCGAGCAGGCUGAGCGAUACGACGGAUAAAAUACUUUUUCGCAGCAGCUGGGAAAAUGCUGCAGGAUGUUUUGUUCUCUUCUUGCUGUUCUCUUCUAGUGCAAGUGGCUUUCCAUGAUGAAAUGGUGGAAUCGAUGAAGAAAGUAGCAGGGAUGGAUGUGGAGUUGACAGUUGAAGAAAGAAACCUCCUAUCUGUUGCAUAUAAAAAUGUGAUUGGAGCCAGAAGAGCUUCCUGGAGAAUAAUCAGCAGCAUUGAACAGAAAGAAGAAAACAAGGGAGGAGAAGACAAACUAAAAAUGAUUCGGGAAUACCGGCAAAUGGUUGAGACUGAGCUAAAGUUAAUCUGUUGUGACAUUCUGGAUGUACUGGACAAACACCUCAUUCCAGCAGCUAACACUGGCGAGUCCAAGGUUUUCUAUUAUAAAAUGAAAGGGGACUACCACAGGUAUCUGGCUGAAUUUGCCACAGGAAAUGACAGGAAGGAGGCUGCGGAGAACAGCCUAGUGGCUUAUAAAGCUGCUAGUGAUAUUGCAAUGACAGAACUUCCACCGACGCAUCCUAUUCGCUUAGGUCUUGCUCUCAAUUUCUCCGUAUUCUACUAUGAAAUUCUUAAUUCCCCUGACCGUGCCUGCAGGUUGGCAAAAGCAGCUUUUGAUGAUGCAAUUGCAGAACUGGAUACGCUGAGUGAAGAAAGCUAUAAGGACUCUACACUUAUCAUGCAGUUGUUACGUGAUAAUCUGACACUAUGGACUUCAGACAUGCAGGGUGAUGGUGAAGAGCAGAAUAAAGAAGCGCUGCAGGAUGUGGAAGAUGAAAAUCAGUGAGACAUAAAAGCCAACAAGAGAAACCAUCUCUGACCACCCCAUUCCUUCCCAUCCCACCCCCAUUGGAAAUUCCCCCAUUGUCACUGAGAACCACCAAAUCUGACUUUUACAUUUGGUCUCAGAAUUUAGGUUCCUGCCCUGUUGGUUAUUUUUUUUUUUUUUUUAAACCGUUUUCAAAAGUUCUUAAAGGCAAGAGUGAAUUUCUGUGGAUUUUACUGGUCCCAGCUUUUAGGUUCUUUAAGACACUAACAGGACUGCAUAGAGGCUUUUUCAGCAUUACUGUAUUGUCUCCUGCCAGGUGGGGCAAGAUCACCAUUAGAAAUGGAAAUGAUAUUUGAAAGCUAUUAGACUUCUAGGUGACGCGAGCAUCUAAGAGAGAGGUUAAUCACACUAUGAGGCAUUGUGGUAUUAUUUUUCCUUUUUCUAAUUGUUUAAAUUGAAUUUUAUACCAAUGUUUAAAAUUAAUUGGGUGUUAGCUUGAGGUGGUUAAAAGUUGUUCGGAGAGUUGUAAUGGUUUUGCUGUAAAAAGUGUUUCAAACUCUGCUGAAAUGUUGCUGAAAAGCAUGGUGCUGGUAACAGUUCAACAAUCCGUGGCUGCUCAUUCUUGCCUACUUUUACUCUCCCUCUAAAGCAGGUUAGCAUUGAAGGUGGUAUGGAAAAGCCUGCAUGCGUGUUCAAUUCUUUGUUUCUUCUCCUUCCCUGUCCCCCCCGGGCCCCCCCUUCCCUACUUCGCUCGCUCAACCUCUUUUGUUCAGUAUGUGUAACUUGAAGCUAAUUUGUACUACUGGAUAUCUGACUGGAGCCACAGAUACAGAAUCUGUAUUGUUCUUACUGAAACACAGCAUGGAAUUAACAUUAAACUUAAAUAAAACAAACCUAAAUUAAAAAUGCCAAAUAUUA